UUAACACAGGACUAGACUUGAAAUGCAGACGGUAAUGUUUCUUUUUAUAUUGGUCCAAUUCCUCUAUCUCCCUGUUAAUGGCCAUGGUUGGGAAACAUUUAGUACCAGUACAGACUUGAAGGUGGUGAUGGAGAAAUUAGAGGAACUCCAGACGACCGUACACCUCCAAAGUGAUCGCAUUUCUCAGUUAGAGAAUCAGAACAGAAACUUGGAAAAACGUAUUGCUACCGAUCUCCGCAGUAGAGAGAGCAAGCAAGAUGAACGGAUUUCCAUUCUAGAGAAACAGUACCUGUGUUUAGAGGAACGUUUGGUGAAGCAACCCAAGGACAUUUUAGCUGAGAAAAAUCUUAAGGAGACCACUACGAAAAAGAUAUCCAUGUUACUAUAUAGACAGAAUGUCCAAGAAAAACUAUACAAAGGUCUAAAGAAUCGACUACAAAAUUUGAUAUACUUUCAGCAAGAAAAGUCCUCUUUCCCUAAAGCCUUCACACAACACAAAGACAGUUUAAUAAGAAAAGAGCGAUUUCUUGCUCCUGCGACAUCUUCUGUACCAAACGGCAAUAUUGUCGCUUUCUAUGCGUAUUUCUCAAAGGACGUCCCAUCACCAAGUGCGUACCACAUUCUUAUAUUUGAUAACGUAAUCACAAACGCUGGAAAUGCCUAUCAUUCCCACACAGGUACCUUCAUAGCCCCCCGAACUGGUCUGUACGUGUUUACAUGGACGAUCAGAAUGUAUGGAAAUUCAUACCACAGGACAGAACUGUUGGUCAAUAACAAUUUCGUUGGGUCAACAUAUUUUUAUCCAGCUAGUAAUAUCGAUGGCAGUGUUACUGGUACUGUCGUGGUGCAUGUCGACCAGGGAGAUGAUGUUUUUCUUAGAACUGGUGAAGCAUACAACAAUGGUAACAUUAUAAGUGACAUUAACGGAAAAUCAUCUUUUGCUGGAUGGGCUUUGGCAUAAA